AUGAACAGAGCAAAUCUUCUCUCAUCUCGACGAGUUAGAAGGGCUGUUCCUGCUCAGUGCAUACCAUCUCCUGAAGAGCAGUCCCAUACAGUUUCUGACAGUUUCUGCUGUGAUCCUACCUUUCCACUACUCAUAGAUAGGCAGCUGCGUACAACUGAUGGAAUCGGCGCGGUUAGCUAUAGUAUCCAACAACGCAUGCAGCUACGCUUUAACAGAUCUUUCGAAGCUAUCAUCUCGGACUCUGACUUCGUUCUCAAUACCUAUUAUUCCGGUGCCCGACAGUGCAAAUUUGAAACGGAUCGAUAUUUUGUCGUACUUUACGAAACGCCAGUUCAGUAUGACUUGAGCGACACUCACAGUGAAAAUUUUCUAGCUAGUUUUAGCAGCAGGGAUCCUCUUGGAUGGAAGCAAGCACCACUUGCUGCCGAAAGUGAAGCAAGUGUGACUGCAAGAUCCCGAGUUUCUUUUGGACCGAUGCGCUGCUGUGAGUGGAUGUUUGACGCUUAA